UUUCCCAGGGCUGUUGGGGCAUCAUCCUUUUCUUGGUGUGGAGUGAAACUAGAUGUAAAGGCGGGUGCUGAAGGGAGCAGGGCAGAGGAGCGAGAGAUUGGCCAUCCAGGCUGGGCAGGAGCCAGCUGGUCCUCACACGGGCCAUUGCUGAGGGACGAUGUCACUCUGGUACUGCCUGCCAAGCCAUUCACGAAUCUCACAUGCCCACCAGGCCACAUGCUGAGAGGAUUUGCUGAGAGACUGACAGCUCAUGCCACAUGACUGGGAGAGUUUCAGGGUUAAUGUCACUAUUAAUUUCCUAGGACUGCUGCAGAAAUUAGCACCAACUUGGUGUCUUAAAACAACAGAAAUGUAUUCGCUCACAGUUCUGGAAGCCAGUAGUCCAAAAUCAAGAUUAGAAGAGCAAACUAAAAGUAGAGCAUGUGAGCUGUGAGUGGCAGCCUCAAAUGACAGCAAGAGUGACGGCCGUGAUAGUGUCACACAGCUGGUGGAGGCCCCAAAAUUAAGAAGCUGACCGGACUGCACGACUACACAGGAGCCGCUGAGAGCGAGAAGAGCACGCUCCUGCCCGCCCGCUGCACCGCACCUCGCCUCGCCUCUCUGCUCUCCCAGGCCCCGGCCGCGCGCCACCCUCCUCCCGCCACCAUGAACCACUCGCCGCUCAAGACCGCCUUGGCCUACGAAUGCUUCCAGGACCAGGACAACUCCACGUUGGCUUUGCCGUCGGAUCAAAAGAUGAAAACAGGCACGUCUGGCAGGCAGCGCGUGCAGGAGCAGGUGAUGAUGACCGUCAAGCGGCAGAAGUCCAAGUCUUCCCAGUCGUCCACCCUGAGCCACUCCAAUCGAGGUUCCAUGUAUGAUGGCUUGGCUGACAAUUACAACUAUGGGACCACCAGCAGGAGCAGCUACUACUCCAAGUUCCAGGCAGGGAAUGGCUCAUGGGGAUAUCCGAUCUACAAUGGAACCCUCAAGCGGGAGCCUGACAACAGGCGCUUCAGCUCCUACAGCCAGAUGGAGAACUGGAGCCGGCACUACCCCCGGGGCAGCUGUAACACCACCGGCGCAGGCAGUGACAUCUGCUUCAUGCAGAAAAUCAAGGCGAGCCGCAGUGAGCCCGACCUCUACUGUGACCCACGGGGCACCCUGCGCAAGGGCACGCUGGGCAGCAAGGGCCAGAAGACCACCCAGAACCGCUACAGCUUUUACAGCACCUGCAGUGGUCAGAAGGCCGUGAAGAAGUGCCCUGUGCGCCCGCCCUCUUGUGCCUCCAAGCAGGACCCCGUGUAUAUCCCGCCCAUCUCCUGCAACAAGGACCUGUCCUUCGGCCACUCUAGGGCCAGCUCCAAGAUCUGCAGUGAGGACAUCGAGUGCAGUGGGCUGACCAUCCCCAAGGCUGUGCAGUACCUGAGCUCCCAGGAUGAGAAGUACCAGGCCAUUGGGGCCUAUUACAUCCAGCAUACCUGCUUCCAGGAUGAAUCUGCCAAGCAACAGGUCUAUCAGUUGGGAGGCAUCUGCAAGCUGGUGGACCUCCUCCGCAGCCCCAACCAGAACGUCCAGCAGGCCGCGGCAGGGGCCCUGCGCAACCUGGUGUUCAGGAGCACCACCAACAAGCUGGAGACCCGGAGACAGAAUGGGAUCCGCGAGGCAGUCAGCCUCCUGAGGAGAACCGGGAACGCCGAGAUCCAGAAGCAGCUGACCGGGCUGCUCUGGAACCUGUCUUCCACUGAUGAGCUGAAGGAGGAGCUCAUUGCCGACGCCCUGCCUGUUCUGGCCGACCGCGUCAUCAUUCCCUUCUCUGGCUGGUGUGAUGGCAAUAGCAACAUGUCCCGGGAAGUGGUGGACCCUGAGGUCUUCUUCAAUGCCACAGGCUGCUUGAGAAAGAGACUGGGCAUGCGGGAGCUUCUGGCUCUUGUUCCCCAAAGGGCCACUGGUAGCAGGGUGAACCUGAGCUCGGCCGAUGCAGGCCGCCAGACCAUGCGUAACUACUCAGGGCUCAUUGACUCCCUCAUGGCCUAUGUCCAGAACUGUGUAGCGGCCAGCCGCUGUGAUGACAAGUCUGUGGAAAACUGCAUGUGUGUUCUGCACAACCUCUCCUACCGCCUGGACGCCGAGGUGCCCACCCGCUACCGCCAGCUGGAGUAUAAUGCCCGCAAUGCCUACACCGAGAAGUCCUCCACUGGCUGCUUCAGCAACAAGAGUGACAAGAUGAUGAACAAUAACUACGACUGCCCCCUGCCCGAGGAAGAGACCAACCCCAAGGGCAGCGGCUGGUUGUAUCAUUCAGAUGCCAUCCGCACCUACCUGAACCUCAUGGGCAAGAGCAAGAAAGAUGCCACCCUGGAGGCCUGUGCGGGUGCCCUGCAGAACCUGACGGCCAGCAAGGGGCUGAUGUCCAGUGGCAUGAGCCAAUUGAUUGGGCUGAAGGAAAAGGGCCUGCCACAAAUUGCCCGCCUCUUGCAAUCUGGCAACUCUGAUGUGGUGCGGUCCGGAGCCUCCCUCCUGAGCAACAUGUCCCGCCACCCUCUGCUGCACAGAGUGAUGGGGAACCAGGUGUUCCCAGAGGUGACCAGGCUCCUCACCAGCCACACUGGCAAUACCAGCAACUCCGAAGACAUCUUGUCCUCAGCCUGCUACACCGUGAGGAACCUGAUGGCCUCGCAGCCACAGCUGGCCAAGCAGUACUUCUCCAGCAGCAUGCUCAACAACAUCAUCAACCUGUGCCGCAGCAGUGCCUCACCCAAGGCUGCAGAAGCUGCCCGGCUUCUCCUGUCUGACAUGUGGUCCAGCAAGGAACUGCAGGGUGUCCUCAGACAGCAAGGUUUCGAUAGGAACAUGCUGGGAACCUUAGCUGGGGCCAACAGCCUCAGGAACUUCACCUCCCGAUUCUAAGAAGAGGCUGUCCAAGCAAGUUAGGCUUGCAGGAAGAUAUGACCCAGCUGAGAAGCCCUCAGGCCUCGCUGGAUGGGGUUUUC